GUAUAUAUUUUUGACUUUUCCGCGGUCACACUGCAUUUCUAGCUCUUUUCGUGUUGCUGAUUUCAAUCCGCUUAACUCGUGGCGAAAUUUGCAUUUCUCAUUUUGCUAACAAUUCGCAUUGCAAAACAAAAUGCCGGGCGUUGAAACGAUUAAAUCCUCUUGGGCGGAUGAGGUGGAGCUCGAUUACGGCGGCCUGCCUCCGACCACAGAAACGGUAGAGAAUGGCCACAAGUACGUCACCGAGUACAAGUACAACAAGGACGACAAGAAGACCAAGGUGGUGCGCACAUACAAGAUCUCCAAGCAGGUGGUGCCCAAAACAGUGGCUAAGCGUCGCACCUGGACAAAGUUCGGGGAGUCGAAAAACGACAAGCCGGGCCCCAACUCCCAGACGACCAUGGUGUCCGAGGAGAUCAUCAUGCAGUUCCUUAACUCCAAGGAGGACGAAAAGGCCAACGAUCCGCUGCUGGAUCCCACCAAGAACAUCGCCAAGUGCCGUAUUUGCAACGGUGAGCAUUGGUCUGUCAAUUGUCCGUACAAGGGUACUGCGAUGGACACCAAUCUGAUGGAAAAGAAGGCCUCGGCCGCCGCAGCAGCUGCCGUGGAUGCCCCUAAGUCCGGAAAGUAUGUGCCACCGUUCCUGAAGGACAGCCAAAAGGGUGGAUUGGGAAUGCGAGGACGCGAUGAUACGGCUGCCAUCAGGAUUUCCAAUCUGUCGGAGUCGAUGACCGAGGCCGAUCUCGAGGAACUGGUGAAGAAGAUCGGACCUCAGAGCAAGAUGUAUUUGGCCCGCGACAAGAACACCGGACUCUGCAAGGGAUUCGCCUACGUGCAUUUCAAGCAGCGAAAGGAUGCGGCUGCUGCAAUCGAAAUCCUCAACGGUCACGGCUACGACCAUCUUAUCCUAAGUGUGGAAUGGUCCAAGCCGCAGAACAAUUAGUUAGUCACGUCCCCAAUACCCGCGUUUAUUGCUUAUACAAGUUCGUAAGGAUCAAUCACACAAUUAUGUCCCUAUGCUAUAUAAGUUUGCUACAAAUAAAUCUUAAAAACUGCCUCCAGGGGCACCGAAAA